UCUAAUAUAAACCCUAGCUGCUCUUCGCAUUUGCUUACUCCGUCCUUUAUAGUGUUUUCCUCCGCCGUUCUUAGUCACAGAAAAGCUCGGAAGAAGCUUUAGGAGUUGCAGAAAUGGGUCCCAAGAGAGGUGGAAAGGUGGCAGUGUCUGCCAAGAAGAAACAAGAGAAGGUUGCGAAUCCGUUGUUUGAGAAGCGGCCGAAGCAGUUUGGUAUUGGAGGGGCUUUACCUCCUAAGAAGGAUCUGCAUCGAUUUGUGAAGUGGCCCAAGGUUGUUCGCAUUCAGAGGAAGAAGAGGAUCCUCAAGCAGCGGUUGAAGGUUCCACCAGCAUUGAACCAGUUCACCAAGACACUCGACAAGAACUUAGCAACAAAUCUGUUCAAGUUACUCCUCAAGUACAGGCCAGAGGACAAGGCGGCCAAGAAGGAACGUCUCCUGAAAAGGGCCCAGGCUGAGGCUGAAGGCAAAGCACCCGAGUCUAAGAAACCAAUUGUUGUGAAAUAUGGUCUUAACCACGUUACAUACCUUAUCGAGCAGAAUAAGGCACAAUUGGUUGUUAUUGCUCAUGAUGUCGAUCCCAUAGAGUUGGUAGUGUGGCUCCCGGCUUUGUGCAGAAAAAUGGAGGUCCCUUACUGCAUUGUGAAGGGAAAAGCACGUUUGGGAUCGAUUGUCCACAAGAAAACUGCAUCUGUCUUGUGCUUGACCACAGUUAAGAACGAGGAUAAGAUGGAAUUUAGCAAAAUCCUCGAGGCAAUCAAGGCCAACUUCAACGACAAGUACGACGAGAAUAGAAAGAAGUGGGGAGGCGGAAUCAUGGGCUCCAAGUCGCAAGCCCGGACCAAAGCAAAGGAGAGGCUUCUUGCGAAGGAAGCUGCACAGAGGAUGAAUUAAGAGGAACGACACACCAUUAGUCAUCGUUCGUGUUUUGAUUUAAUAGUCUCGUGUAGUAAGUUACAAUCAAUUUUCGACUUGUUCUACUCUUUUCCCUUACCGACAUUGAUAUCUAUUUUUGUGGUUGAACUUUCUAAAUGCCCAGUACCUGCCGCUUGUGGUGCACUUCUGUGAUUUUCUUGAACUAUCAAUCAAUGUUUUGUUUUGCAUGUUA